CAAGUAUUUAUAUCAAGCGUUUAGAACAACAGAUAUUCAGUAACCAUGGAUGUUCUCUUCUUCUUACUUGCCAUCGUCGGUUGUGUUUUGGCUAGACCUUCCAGUGAAAAUGUGAAGUCAGUUGAAGUUACUCUCUACUAUGAGGCAUUAUGCCCGGAUUGUCAAGAUUUCAUUCCAAACCAGUUGCUUCCAGCUUAUACUGACACCAAAUUUGAUUUUGCUUCUCUAAUUUCAAAACUCACAUUGGUUCCUUAUGGUUGGGUAAAUGUUAUAAAUGCGACAAGCCAUGAUUACCAAUGCCAGCAUGGUCAAUCCGAAUGUGAGGGAAACAGGCUACAUUCGUGUGCCACCAAGUAUAUCCCCGACGUACUAACUACAUUGAAUUACAUCUCAUGCUUAGAAAAACAGGCGAUCAUGGCUUACAAACUUAGUAGAUCUUCUAAAUAUCCCAUUGAUAAGUGCCAAAAUAAACUCCCAGCUGGUCUCUACCCAAAAAUAAUCAAUUGUUAUAAAUCAGAUGAAGGAUGGGAAUUAUUCGAGAAAAAUGGAAAGAAAACAGUUGCAUUUUUUCCAUAUGGUGGCUUCGUUCCUUAUGUCUCCUUCAAUAAUGGACAUGAUGACGAUCUGGCUCAAGACGCAGUGGACAACUUCAAGAAGACACUUUGCGAAAUUACUGGUGUUGUUGACGAAGCGUGUUCUUCAUAAAAUCAGUACAUACUCAAUCUUGUUUGAUACGUAAACAUAUGUUCAAAACUUUAGGUAAUAUUGUAUUUAAUACAAUGUAUUACAACCAAUAUUAAGAUAAUCCUUGAGAUGUAGAGAAAUAUAUUUACAUUAAAGUUAGAAUUUAAAUGGACUAGUAAAUAUCAGACAGAAAAUAUAUCAUAAAUGAGAGAAUAA